AUACAUUUCCCGGAUCGUAACUAGUGGGCAGAAUGACAGAGUUUACCUGAAACUUUAGCAUCAAACCUCAAACGGCAACAUGCGUCGGGAGUGUCUCAGAAAGCUACAAAUUGCAACGAGAGAGAAGCUCAGGAAAUUUAACUCUUUGCGAGGUGCAGAGGUGCGGCCGGGUGAGUUUUGGGAUGUGGUGGUUGUGACCGCCGUGGACGAGAGCCAGCGAGAGGCAUAUGAGCUGCAGGUAAAGGAGAAAGUUGAUAGAAAGGAGCUUCCCCUUGGAAUUCAGUAUAAGGUUUUCUCAGAUCCACCUGGACCCAAAAUAGGGAAUGGUGGCUCGACACUGUAUGCAUUGCAGCGGCUCAUUGACACCUAUGGGACCGCACUGAGCCGAUUCAGAGUCAUCCUGAUCCAUGCAGAUGAGUGGAAGAAGAAGGUGAGCGAGUCGUACUCCGUGAUCAUUGAGAAGCUGGAGGAUGAUCUACGGAUCAAAGACACUGAACUUGUGGAACUCAAACAUGUUUUCAGCUCCGAUGAGGCUUUUCAAAAGGUGAACUUGAGCUACCGAACAGAGAGCGGGCUGUCCCUGCUGCAUCUCUGCUGUGUGUGUGAAGGGAACAAGGCACACAUCCGCACCCUGAUGCUGAAAGGCCUGCGUCCAUCCAGACUCACCAGGAAUGGAUUUACUGCCCUCCACCUGGCUGCUUAUAAGGACAAUGCCGAGCUGGUGACUGCACUUCUCCAUGGAGGCUCAGAUGUCCAACAGGUGGGCUAUGGCGCACUGACUGCCCUGCACAUCGCGACAGUGGCUGGGCACCACGAGGCGGUGGACAUACUCCUGCAGCAUGGAGCUUAUGUCAACGUGCAGGAUGCGGUGUUCUUCACCCCACUGCAUAUUGCAGCUUUCUAUGGCCAUGAACAUGUCACAAAGCUGCUGCUGAAGUUCGGUGCAGAUGUGAACGUGAGCGGUGAGGUGGGCGACCGGCCGCUGCACCUCGCUGCAGCCAAGGGCUUCCUCAGCAUCGUCAAACUGCUGAUGGGUGAAGGGAGUAAGGCUGACGCAAACGCCCAGGACAAUGAGGACCAUGCACCUCUGCACUUCUGCGCCCGCUUCGGUCACCACGAGAUCGUCCGCUUCCUUCUGCAGGGCAACUUUGAUGUACAGCCUCACUCUGUCAACAUCUACGGGGACACGUCCUUACACCUGGCCUGCUACAAUGGCAAGUUCGAGGUGGUGAAGGAGAUAAUUCAGCUUUCUGGAACAGAAAGUGUGUCAAAGGAGAACAUAUUCAGUGAAACAGUGUUUCACAGUGCCUGCACCUACGGUAAAAACCUGGAGAUGGUUAAGUUCUUGCUGAGCCAGAACAUAAUGAGCAUCAACCAUCAAGGCCGGGAUGGACACACAGCUCUGCACAGCGCCUGUUUCCACGGUCACAUCCGUCUGGUGCAGUUCCUGCUGGACAGCGGGGCCGACAUGAACCUGGUGGCCUGCGACCCCAGCAGGUCCAGUGGGGAGAAAGAGGAGCAGACCUGCAUGAUGUGGGCCUAUGAAAAAGGUCAUGAUGCCAUCGUCACCCUGCUGAAACACUACAAACGUCCUGAUGACUCACCCUGCAAUGAGUAUUCUCAGCCAGGAGGGGAUGGAUCCUAUGUUUCUGUCCCGUCUCCCCUGGGCAAGAUCAAGAGCAUGACUAAAGAGAAGGCAGAUGUUCUUCUGCUCAGGGCCAGCCUCCCGUCUCAUUUCCACCUGCAGCUUUCUGAGCUCGAAUUCCAUGAAAUUAUCGGAUCAGGUUCCUUUGGAAAGGUCUACAAAGGCAAGUGCCGGAACAAAAUUGUCGCCAUAAAACGCUACCGAGCCAACACCUACUGCUCCAAGUCAGACGUAGACAUGUUCUGCAGAGAGGUGUCCAUCCUCUGUCAACUCAACCACCCCUGUGUCAUCCAGUUUGUGGGAGCUUGUCUGGACGACCCCAGCCAGUUUGCCAUCGUCACCCAGUACGUGUCUGGAGGCUCCCUGUUCUCCCUGCUGCACGAGCAGAAGAGGCUCAUCGACCUGCAGUCCAAGCUCAUCAUUGCCAUUGACGUGGCCAAGGGCAUGGAGUACCUGCACAACCUCACCCAGCCUAUCAUCCACAGGGACCUCAACAGUCACAAUAUUCUGCUUUAUGAGGAUGGACAUGCGGUGGUGGCUGAUUUCGGAGAAUCUAGGUUCCUACAAUCUGUGGACGAGGAUAACAUGACCAAGCAGCCAGGGAACCUGCGCUGGAUGGCCCCUGAGGUUUUCACCCAGUGCACACGCUACACAGUCAAAGCAGACAUGUUCAGCUAUGCCCUCUGCCUGUGGGAGCUGCUGACGGGAGAAAUCCCCUUCGCUCACUUGAAACCUGCGGCUGCAGCUGCAGACAUGGCCUACCAUCACAUCCGGCCUCCUGUCGGCUACUCCAUCCCCAAACCCAUCUCUGCUCUUCUGAUGAGAGGCUGGAACGCCUGCCCAGAGGAUAGGCCUGAGUUCUCCGAGGUGGUCAACAACCUGGAGGAGUGCCUGUGCAAUGUUGAGCUGAUGUCUCCAGCCUCUAGUAACAGCAGUGGCUCCUUGUCGCCCUCCUCCUCCUCUGACUGUCUGCUUGGGCGAGGAGGACCGAGCCGGAGCCACGUGGCUGCCCUGCGCUCUCGCUUUGAGCUUGAGUACGCUCUCAACGCCCGCGCCUACGCCGUCUGGACUCACAGUGAGCGGCGGCGAGCCUCUGGAGGUCUGUCACUGGAGGAGCUCAGGAGGAACAUGCAGUUCCCCCCGAUUGACCGCAACGGGUACGUGUCGGAUCCCAUGAGCACCAUGCGCCUCCGUUCAUCCUUCAGCAGCAGCGGCAGCUUUGAGGACAGUAACUAACAGCUGGGAGCUCCUCCAGCACUAAUGUUAAGCUCUAUUAUUUUAGAAAGAUACCACUUCUUAUUGGAAAAUUGAAGGGUUGGUUGUAUAUGUAAACAGAUGGGAAGGAGUCCAGCUUUGGGUUCUUUUGGGUGUACAAAUAAUACAAUGCAUAGCAAAGCUUUGUAAAUAUACUGUAAGAGCCAGUCAAAACCAAUAAUUCCCUGCAAAAAAAGAUGUCCAAGGCAUUCCAAGGUCUUACUGCAGAGAUUAAAAUGCUUUUAUUUCACGGAUGACACUAGUUUUUAUUUGACAUUGUAAGAAUGUUUUUCACCUCUUCUUGCCACAUGAAAUAGAGACAUUUUCAUUUUUGCGCUAACUAGACAACUUUUUUUUAGCUGGGAAUUGCUGGUUUUGACUAGAACUGUCAGUAUUUGUCUGUUUGCUUAAAAAUCUUGUUAAAAUAUUCACGACUAAAAAUGUCAGUAUUUAGAUAAGGACAUUGUAAGUAGAUGAGCUGUUCAUGAACUUAUAGCCCACCUUCCAGUGUCUCUUGUCCUGUGUUACAUUAGCUAAAUUAGAUUUUUGAUGAGACUUCUAUAUCUUGUAAAUAUUUGUGACAUGCUGAUUUAGUUGUUGCGUAUACUUUUUUACAUACAAAUGAAAUACAAACUUUGAGAACCCAAAUGAGUGUAUGCGAUCAUCCUGCCUCCCACAGUCAAUUUGUGGAAAAAAAAUAAGUGAUGUCAGAGUCUCUAUCCAUAUAUAUUUUUUAAUUUUAUUUAAUUUUAUUUUUUUGAAUGGCCAAAUCACACAAGCAUUCAGUUGAGUUUGACAGAAAUGAAAUGUAAAGGUGAAUCCUCACAAAACCACGUCACAUGAAAGGGUAAAAGAACCAAAUGUUAAGUGAUUUAUUUUUUUUUAAGUCAGAGGUUGUGUUAGCAGCAACAGUGACACAAAUCACUGCCUACAUGGGACAUAUCACAGUUUCACCACUGUUUUACCUAGCUACCUAGACGUCUAUCAGUCUAUAGGAAACUGAGUUAUUAUGUUCCUCUUUAGUUUAUCAUAGUAUUUCUCCACUUCAGUUGUACUGAUGCUAUGAUUAUCAAAUUGUCUGAAAAUGAUGAGCUUUUACAUCAAAGAUCUACAGAUCUAUUAAACAUACACAGUAUUUCUCCCUCCUGUGCUUACAGAUGCAAUUCACAUCUUAGUUCAAAGCAAAAGUAGCAUUGUGCUUUUGACCAAGUGGGCCGGCCAAUAUAAAAUGUACAAAGUGUGUUACGGUGCUUCAGAGCGAGCUAAGCCAUGGGAGUCCUACAGCAAUAAAUUAUUUAAUCAUU